AUGUUAAGCUAUCAUCAACUUGUUUUUAAAUGUUUUGUGAUAUUAACCGUACAAUCAAUAGCUUUUGGUCACGAACAGAAGAUCGUUAAUGGUACUACAGCUUUACCGGGUGAAUUUCCAUUUAUGAUUUCUUUAAGACGUUCAUCAAGCGGUCGUCAUGUAUGUGGUGCUUCUCUCUUAAAUCGUGUAUGGGUUUUGACGGCUGCCCAUUGUGUUAAAAAAUCGAAACCCUUUCAGCUAAAUAUACAAUACGGCAGCAAUCUGUUAGAUGUAAAUUCCUCGAAAGUUAGCAACGUUUCUUAUAUAUAUGAACACGAAGGAUACAAUAGCUCUAAUCAGUAUAUACACGACAUAGCUUUAUUACGUUUAGCAAUGCCGAUAAAAUUGAAAAACAACUUUCAAAGUGUUCGCCUGCCCGAGUUAAAAGCUUCCAUACCAAAUAAAACACCAGCUAUUCUAAUAGGUUGGGGCUUAAAUGCGACUGGCGGUAUGAUUCAAAAACAUUUGCAAAAAGUCGAUUUGGAAAUAUUCGACGAUCAAAAUUGCAGCGAACGUCACGAUUUGGCAAUGCAUAAUAGCACGAUCUGCGCCGGUGUACCGGAAGGUGGAAAAGGUCAGUGCAGCGGUGACUCUGGUGGGCCGCUUUUAGUUAACAAUACGCAAGUGGGCAUUGUUUCGUGGUCGCGUAAACCUUGUACGCAACCCCCUUAUCCAGGAGUGUUUACCGAGACUUCAUAUUAUAUCGGUUGGAUAUUGCAUACCAUUUUAAAUCAUGAAGAAGCCAUAGGAACCGAAGAAAAUGAAGGUGUGGAGGAAAGUUUAAAAGUUUCUAUGCGUUACGCUGAUAACAUGCAGCACAUCUGUGCCGGGACAAUUAUUAAUACCAUGUGGAUAUUGACGGCAGCACAUUGUUUUAAAUUUAUAAAAACUCCUCGGGAUUUAUUAAUACACUAUGGCACAAAUUGUUUAGUUAUGAAGAAAUCAAAGCAUUCAAUGUUAGCAGCAAUAUCAGCAUUUUAUAUACAUGAAGGCUACAGUCCCACCAUCGCUAUACAUGAUUUGGCUUUAAUACGAUUAAAAGAGAACUUGGUCUUUAGCGACUAUAUAAGAAGUGUUCAGUUACCGGAUGGUCACGAGCAAAAUAAUUACGAUAAUUUAAAAGUAGACUUAGUCGGGUGGGGUUCCGAUAAGACAUUUGGGUCUUUGCAGAAGCAGUUACAAAAAGUCUCUUUAAAUACUGUGGAAAGACAAACCUGCGGCAGGUUGUUAAACUCGAUUGUCCAUCGUUCAAGUUUGUGUGCUGGUGAUAUUCAUAAAGGACAAUGUUCCGGAGAUUCUGGAGGGCCCUUACUAUUCGAUAAUAUACAAAUUGGUAUUGUAUCCUGGAGCCUAAAACCGUGUGCUUCAAAACCGGCAGUAUUUACAAACCUAAGUUAUUAUAUGAAAUGGAUUAAAGCAAUAGUAGAGAAAUAA